UCUGUUGAGUGGUAUUAAAUUCCCAACAUAUCAGUUCAAAUGUAUUGGCUUCCCAACUGACAUGUUGAGUUUGUCUUCUUCUUUCGCAUGAUGGCCUAGGUAAUAUGGAAGGGGGUCAAAGUAACUGGUCUAAUGAUCAAGUAGCAUCAAGUGAAACAAUUGUAUCAGGUGAACAAGACUUUGAUGAGGAUGAGUUAAAAAUGUUGUUGGCAUGGUUGUGUACUGCUUGGUUGCAUAGGUCCAUGCACAUGACAGAACGUAUUAGGGACAACGUAUUGACAGGACCCCAAUGGGUUAGCGAGCUUCUUCAUGGACAUUCAGAUAGAGUAUACGAAGCAUUUAGAAUGGAGGGACAUGUUUUUCUUAACCUUUGUGGUUUGCUCAAGUCAAGAGGUUGGUUGGCAGACAGUCGAUAUGUUAGGGUAGAUGAACAGGUUGCCAUGUUUUUAUUAAUGAUUUGUCACAAGAACUCCAACAGAGCUUUAUGUGAGAGAUUCCAACGUUCAGGAGAGACUGUUAGCAAGUACUUUGCAGCGGUGUUGAAAGCUGUUUUGAAAUUGGCGAAGGAGAUUAUCGUACCUCCUUCGUUUGAUGUUGUCCUAGAAGAAAUUCGGAUUGAUCCAAAGUUUAAUCGUUACUUCAAGGGGUGCGUAGGUGCUAUUGAUGGCACCCAUAUUCAUGCUACCGUACCUGAACAUAUGCAGCCACGAUUUAGAGGUAGAAAAGGCACAACCACUCAGAACGUGUUGUGCAAGUACUACGCCGUCGAUUCUGGUUAUGCUUCAAGUCCAGGAUUUUUAACACCAUUUAAAGGCGAACGGUAUCAUAUACCAGAAUUUCGACGAAGUGGGGGACCAACAACAGCAAAGGAAUUGUUCAACCACAGGCAUUCUUCAUUAAGGAAUAUCAUUGAGAGAUCCUUUGCGGCUUUAAAGAAUCGUUUUUUUGUUUUGAGACAGAUGCCUCCAUUUAAAUUUGAAAAACAAACACAUAUUGUAAUUGCAUGCUGUGCGAUCCAUAACUACAUCAUUGAGCAAGAUAGGAUGGAUAAGUGUUUGUCCAUAUAUGGAGAUCCGGAUUAUGUGUGUGAACCUACUGAACAUGGUACAGACGAUGUAGUAACAACCGAAGAGGGAACCGAGAUGAACAUUAUUAGGAAACGUAUUGCCAAUAAAAUGGCUAGGGAUAAUCAUAUGCCGGAGAUUCCAUGAAAUUCGAUUUUCCACUAUUGUAUUGUACUUCCAUUAUUAUUAUUCAAGGAUUAUUUGCUUUUUUUGCCUUUUGUAAUGUAAUGUUGUAUUGUAGGAUUUGUAUUAUGUGUAAUUGAGGAUUUGGUACCA